AUGGAUUUACCAGAACUCCCGCCGAGGAUGUUUACAUUAGGAGAAGAGCCCGAUGCAAUCAGGAGCAUUUCGUAUCAUUCUGAUGACACAAGGUUGUUUAAAGCUCUAUGUGAUUGUCUCACAGCUGACGAAUAUGAGGAUCUGAAGGCGUCAAAGUUAGGAGUGUUCAUCAAAUUCAAGGAGCUUGACUUUGGUUGGACUUCAAGGCUGGUACAUGUUUUGCUCUGUUUCCAGCUGGACAUCAAUAAGAAGUUUGAGCUCUGGAGUCUUGUCGUUUCACAACCUGUGAGGUUUUCACUGAUAGAGUUUGAACACCUCACUGGGCUGAACUGCGAUUACAUCAAGGACCUGGAAAAUCCAAGGUGUGAGGUUACGACGGAGAUGGUUGCUUUCUGGGAGAAGAUGCGUGUUGAUAUCGAUACUGGGCCAAGUAUUGAACAGAUAACAGAAGCAUUUUACAACUGCGACGAGUGGUCUCCGGAUGAUCGCAUGCGGCUGAGAUACCUUGCCAUCUACGCAGGAUACAUCGAAGGGAAAAAGUUCUUAUCCGCUACAUCAGCUAGUCUUGCAAGGCUAGUGCUGAUGGAUUCUCUGAAGGCAAAAGACUUGACGCAAACUGGUUACACUGUUGAUGGGUUCAUACAAGUGCUCCAAGUGUGGGCGUACUAUGCUAUGCCAGAAUUGGGUGCUAAUUAUGGGUCUCCCAUACCAAACAGACCGUCUCCACUGUUGCUGGCUUACAAGGGUGGCAAAAGACAACGCAAAUGUUUUAAGGCUGCUAUCAAUAAACAUACUAUCGUGAAGAACUUCGUUCAGAAGGAUUUUGAUGAAAUGUUUCCAAAAUGGGACGGAGACGUAGAUGACCCUGCCGCGGAUAACAUAAUUAAAGUCAUGUUUAAUGAUCCUGGAUGGGAGUGGACCAUGGAAUGCUGGCCAGUCACCGGUACUCGCAAGGUUGUGAAGAUGGAAGUGAGUCCAGUGAAGAAUGAAGUGAGUCCCGUGAUGUCAGAGAGUGUUGUGAAGGAAGAAAGUAGCAGACCUCGGAAGAAAGCUCGUAAAGGGUCUUCGUAUGAUGAGAACCUGGGAACAUUAGGGGAUGUUAACAGGGUCAGGAUAGGAUGA